AUGCUGAAAGGCCGAAAUAAGGAACAAAUGCCGACGAUACUCCAUCUGUUCGAUGCGCUUGUCGAGAAUACUCUCGGUAAAACAAACCUAGAUCUCAACAAAAAUAUCACGGUCGAUAUUCUCAUGAACAAUGACAAAACCAAAGAAGAGGCUAUUGCGCAAUGGCGUGAUAUCAACGGAUUUGUUGUAUGUGACAAGCACCGCUUCGAAGAAGUGUUAGUGAACAGGCCGACGAUACUCCAUCUGUUCGAUGCGCUUGUCGAGAAUACUCUCGGUAAAACAAACCUAGAUCUCAACAAAAAUAUCACGGUCGAUAUUCUCAUGAACAAUGACAAAACCAAAGAAGAGGCUAUUGCGCAAUGGCGUGAUAUCAACGGAUUUGUUGUAUGUGACAAGCACCGCUUCGAAGAAGUGUUAGUGAACAGAUCGUACCUGCUUUCACUCGCUGAUGAAGCCGCUGAGAUGGUGACGGAGCCUAUUAACGAAACCGAUCUUCUACCUGUGCUUGACUAUGAUGCAGAAACUUCGAUAUAUGACCGAACUGAGCACGUCACAGCUCUGGUUCACACUCCAGGGGUAGUUGGAAAAGUGGCAUUACGUGCUGGAGUAGUAUGUGGAUACGCACUUGCCUGCAAAAAUCGUAUACUAGCCUGUUACGCUGACGACGAAGAAUCUUUCAAACAACUAAUCUCAUCUGUUGCCGAGAAUAUAGAUGGUAAUGAAUGUAAAAUGUUCUUGAGGUUUGAAUCUCACGAUGUUACUCAGCGGAUCAUCGAGAAUGCUUCGGAAAGAAAAGAGGUCAUGCGACUUCAUACGCGUACAAACCUAAAUGGAAUCAAGUGGAGCCAGAUCUACUGCUCGAAUAAUGGCCUUCACAUUUUCUAA